AUGGAAAUCAAAUCAAUUCCAAAUCAAUCUGAAACUGAUUUCCAACUAGCACUUAAAUUUUCAAUAAAUUAUUUAAAUAAACAAUUAUUAAAAAACCGUAAACUGGAUAGAUACGCAUUUGUUAUUUUCAAUUCCACUGAUUCAAGGUUCUUAUAUAAUGAUGGUCCAAUAUCUUUAAGCUACGUCAAAGAAUUUUACGAUACUGCUUCUAAUUUACAUCAACAAGAUACAGGAAAUGGAACUGAAACAGACGUAGUUAAAUCAUAUUCAGAAGCAUUACAACAUCAAAUUGCAAAUAAAUUUAUUAGAAAUAUUUUCAUAGUCACAAAUGGUCUUUUACCAACUCAACAACCAAGACAUUAUGAUCAAUUUCAAUAUAUUCUAAACUCAUACACCAUUAACACAACAUGUUUAGUUAUUAAUAAUGAUAACAAUAAUGAGUCCAAAACAAUCAUUGAGAACGUUUCUGAAGCCAUGGGAGAUGAUUUUGCAGUUUAUGAUUUUGAUGAUUAUAUGAAUGCAGGACCACCAAUGAAAUUGAUAGGUCCUCGUUGUGUCAGUGAUACAUAUUUAUCUUUUGCUCAAUUGGGAGGCGAUGAGAACGAUGAACUGGGUAUAAAUUUGAAAAUACAACUUUAUCCAGCAAUUAGAUGUCAAAAUCAAUUACAUGGUCAUGAAUAUUUUGUAAACCCUUCACUGAAAGAAGUAUCAAAAAUUAAAAGAGAUACUAAAUACUAUAUCAAGAAAAAUGCAAGUAUUGAAGAUGAAGUAUUUGAUCAUAUUUCUUUAAAUGCACAAGAUUCCAAUUCAAAAGACGAAAAUGAAGAUGAUGAAAAAAUUUAUUUGAAUCGUGGAGAUUUUAGUUCUGGUUUUAAAUAUUCACAACAAGAUAUUUUACCUGUAUCCACAGAAUUGGAUCAAGCUGCUACUUUGGGAACUACUCCUGGUGUUAAUAUUCUUGGUUUUAUUUCUAGAAAAGAUUUACCAAUUGCAUAUCUAACAGAGGAGUCAAAUUAUGUUAUACCAGACAUGAAAUUAUAUAGUGACAAUGCAAUAGCUUUCAAUUCAAUGGUUCAAGCAUUAAUAGACCUAGAUCAUGUUGCAAUAAUGCGUUAUGUACAAAAGCAAGAUGACGAGGUUCAAGUAUGUGCCGGAUAUCCGCAGCGAGUUAAAAUCGAUGAUGAACAUGAAGGAUUUAUUUUAAUGAUGAAUAGAUUGGCAAUGAAAGAAGAUGAAAAAAUUGGUAAAUUUUCAGAUUUGAAAAAAAUGCAAGAAAAUUCAAUAGAUUCUGCAAUGGAAGAUUUCAUCAAAAGUAAAAAAUUGAGAAAUGAUCAAACUAAAUCAAAUCUCCUUAAUAAUAGAAAAGCUAGUCUUACUCAAUCGGUAUCUUUUACACCACCAAUAACAUCAGAAACUACAUUGGAAAAUAUUUUAUUAUCUUCAAGUCCUCAUGUGAAAAGGUUCAAUCAUUACGUGAAUAAAAUGUUGUAUAAAUCAUUUGGUCAAGUAAAACCUUUAAAUGAAUUUAUUGGUGAAAAGGAUUUCAUUGAAAAUACACUUACAAAUGAUGAGGAAAGUACAUUACUUAACCUUGAUGAUAUCCUUGAUACAAAAGAAGCAAAUUUUUAUGCUGAUUAUGACGUGCCAAAAGCUAAUGAAAUUGAAGAUAAACUUAAAAAUCUUUUGGAUGUUAAAUUUAAAAUUCCAAAAAAAACUACAAAAAAGAAAAGAAAUUACGAAAGUACUUUUGAUUUUGAAGCUAACGAUGGUUUUGAUGAAUACUUUGAUAUUGAUGAUAUUUUAGCUGGCUAA